AUGUCGACAACUGCCUCAUGCCCUGCGGGUUUCUAUGGACCCAACUGCACUGAUCCAUGCCCACAGAACUGUGCAGACGGCAUUUGUACUAACGGUAUUUGCAAAGGAUGUGCUCCAGGCUGGAAAGGGUUUAAAUGUGACAAAGCUUGUGAUUUCGGCUCUUAUGGCAAAGAUUGCAAGAGGUUCUGUAGCUACCAAUGUUCAAUUGGUUCGUGCGAUGCUGUGUCAGGAGCGUGCACUGGAGGCUGCAUUGACGGCUUCAAGCCUCCUAACUGUGAAGAUGUUUGUGAUGAAGGUUUCUAUGGCAACAACUGCACAUCAAGAUGUUCAAGUCACUGUGUAGAUAAGACGUGUGAUAAAGUUGUUGGAUCGUGUAGCUGUGAGCCUGGAUACAUCGGCGACACAUGCAACGAUGCUUGCCAGACUGGGUUUCAUGGCGCCAACUGUACUGAAACAUGCAGCAGUAAUUGUCUAAACCAAUCCUGCAAUAACGUCAAUGGCAACUGUCUAGAAUGUCCUCCUGGGAAAAUUGGCAAUCUCUGCGACCAAGCUUGUCCACAGUUCAAGUUCGGAAAAGGCUGCACCGAAUCCUGCAGCACAAACUGUGGGGGAGAUAAGUCAUGCAACUCAGCAGACGGUGGCUGUCUUAGCCCUUGUGUGGAUGGCUACCAAAGCAGUACUUGCCAAAAAGAGUGCGCCCCAAACACGUUCGGUGCUGGGUGUCAAUCUAAUUGUAGCCAGUACUGUAAAACGGAGCCAGACCCAGCCUCAACACUGGCCACCGUGACAGUGUCGCCUUUCAAGAUAUGCCACAACGUUGAUGGCCGUUGUUUGGCAGGAUGUCAAAGUGGAUACGAGGGGGAAACGUGCCUAAUAGCUUCUCCAAGUUCAAACACUGCAUCAGCUGGUGUUAUUGCUGGGCCAAUCAUCGCUAUCAUUAUUUUGCUGAUUGUUGCAGUUAUUGGCUUUUUAUUUUGGAAGAAAAGAAAGAGUAAGACUGAAAAUGUAUUUGGCAAUGGAAGGGCAACUCACAAUCUUGAAGCUGUUCGUACUACAGGUCUACAGUCCAAGGCACCUGAUAACUCCAGAGGACAGAAAAAGAAACCAACUUACAUUAUUGACCCAAUGCCAUCCCCUGGUGAUGUCACGUACCCAAACAGAGCAGACAAUGGGAAUAAGACUUCAAUACAAGCGACAGAUUUAAAAGAAUAUGUCAGGACUCACAACAAAACAUUCUUUGAAGAACAAUUUAAGAAAAUUCCAGCCAAUGCCAGUGCUACAACUUGUGAUGGACUAAGCGUUGAGAACAAACACAAGAACAGAUACAAAAACAUUAUUGCAUAUGAUCACUCCAGAGUUCACUUAAAAACUAACGUGGAUAAAAACCAAGGUGAUUAUAUCAAUGCCUCUUUUAUCAAAAGUUAUAAAAAUGAUGAAAAGUUUAUAGCAUCACAAGGUCCUAAUAAAUUAAUCAUUGCUGACUUUGUGCGUAUGUUGUGGGAAUACAAAGUGGAUAAAGUUGUAAUGCUGACCAACUUGAUGGAAGAAGGCAAACAAAAGUGUGAGCAGUACUGGCCAGAUGAUCAUGAAGUAGAAAUUGGUGAGUUUAAGGUCAAGCUGAAAAGUACUGAUACUCUUGCAGACUUUGUGAUUAGAAAAUUGGAAAUCAGUAAGCCAGGGGAGAGUUCUCAUUUCUGCACUCAGUUUCACUUCACUUGUUGGCCAGAUAAAGGUGUGCCUCCUACAUCUUGGAGUUUGGUUGAUUUUGAACAGAGAGUGUCAUUGUUCCCUACACAAAGUCCUGUUGUGGUUCACUGCAGUGCUGGAGUUGGUCGUUCUGGAACAUUCAUUGCACUUCACAAUCUGAUUGGUCAAGCUAAAGAGACUGGCUGCAUGGAUUUUUACAACACAGUUGUGAAGUUGAGGCAGGAUAGAGUGAACAUGGUUCAAACUGUGGAACAGUACAUGUUUCUCCAUGAAGCAGCUCUUGUGGCUGUCAUCUGCUUAGACACUACAGUUCAUGCCAGUGGAAUUCAGGAUAAAUUACGACAUCUAGAGUCCAAGACAUCCUCUGGACAAACUUUCUUUGAAAAAGAAUUUAAGGCUGUGUGUGAUAUUUGUGCUGACAGCAGAGACACUACAGAUGAUGAAGGAUCAGGAGGAAGUAUAUUUAGCUUAUACAUCAACAGCAAAAGUGCAGGGAACAAAGUGAAAAACAGAUUUAGCAACAUCUUGCCAAAAGAUAAAUGUCGACCAUUUUUACAGAUAGAGCUCAAAGAUCAAGGAGAUUACAUCAAUGCAGUGACUGUACCAAGUUUUACCAAAUCCAAGGAUCAGUUCAUAACCCAACUACCCCUGCCUACAACAGUCAAUGACUUCUGGAGACUAGUAUCUCAAAAUAGUGCUACUCUUAUUAUUGCCUUUGAACUGGACAUGAAGGACAAUGACACAACUAUAGGCAGCUAUCUGCCGGCCAGUAAAAGUGAACCCCUCCAUUGUGGAAGUGUUGACAUUCGAUCAGGUCCUGUCACCAAAUGUAGCUGUUGGGAUGAACAGACACUGUAUCUCACCAUCAUCAAGAAGAAGAAACCCAAAGCUCAGAGUUCUAUAGCAAAUAUAGAAGAGCAAACUGUCACCCAUCUUCAAUUUAAAGGAACAGUCAUCAACACGCAGAAGUUACUUGAGUUCAUUUUAUAUUCUAGGUCACACAUAUCUAGAAAAACUGGCAGAGUUGUCUACACUUGUAGAAAUGGGGCAGACUUCAGUGGCUUAGCUUGUGUCUUGUCUCUAUUACUGGACAGAAUGGACCAUGAUCACAGCAUUACUGUACCACUUGUUGUCGGAGCUAUUAAAAGCAUUCGACCACAGGUUAUUCCAACCCUGGAACAGUAUAAGACUGUCUACUCACUUCUCAAGCUGUACAGUGAAAGUGAUAGAGUCUAUUAUAACUUGGGAUCCACUUUGAAAAAGGGCAAAAUCAAUCCAGCGUAUGAACCGACUGAUAAGGAGGAUACAAAUAUAUAUGUCAACUCCAGGGUUUAGAAACACCUCUAUGAUGUUCAUGUUAUUGUUACUUAAACUGUUUUAGGCCAUGAAUUCUUAUAAUGAAAUUAUUUAUUCAUUAAGCAUUUUUAUUUCACUAUUUUUAUAUUAAAUUUGUCUUUCUUAAUUUUAAUAUCUACUACUUUUUUAAAUUGUAAUUGUGCAUACUGUUGAGCUGGUCUUUCCAUAUGGAAAAGUUGUUUUGUUUUUCCUUCCUCUCUGCACCAUGAUGCUAUGAAUCUAUCUAUGGCCUCCUUUAGUCGCGAAGCAAUUAUGGAUCAUCUCAUGAAUGCCUGGGCAUUAGCUUUGGUCGGAACAAUGUCGUCCACACAUCAGUUCCCCCCUCUCCACGCAGAUGAUGUAUCCAAAGGAAAGGCAGUGCUGAUACAAUUUUCUGUUCAGCAGCAUUGCAGGUUCUGCCAGGGUGUAGCACUGGGUCCUGCAAACUGCCUUAGGGUCACCAGCUCCUGAUUUUUUCUCAGGGUUGACUCCUGAAGCCUUUCCCAUGAUUGGGUAUAGCUGCAAGGCAACAGAGGUUUGAAUUCAGAGUUUUCCUUCUCCUAAGUGGGUAGCCAGCCAUGGCUAACGAGCCCCUCCUGCCCAAAGCUUAAGGUUACUCGCCUUUGCCCCUUCUCUUGUUAGUGAGAACAGUUCUGCCGAACUCAAUAUCUGAGGCAGGAGUUGGACUGGUUGUCAGAGGCUAUUUUAGAUGCAUGCCAUUAGGAAGCAUUUUAUAGGUAGUGGAGUGCUUACAUCCAUCACCACUUCCAGCAAUGAAAACCUUGCGGAACCAAAUGCUAUGAACUAUGGAGUGUAUUAGUGUACAUUUUCUCUAUAGGCUUACCAGUGUUUUUCAACUUGAGAUGCUUGUGAUAUUGUAUGGUGGUGUAAACUGUCUGGUUCAGGUCACAAGACAUCAGAGAGAUAUGUGGAUAAUGGCUGAAAAUUCUUGUAAAGUAAAAAAGUAAAGUUCCCCCUUUCAUACCUUGUAAUAUAUAGGGCAGAUGAUGUAAAGAUCAUUUGUUUAUGUGGCACACAGUUAAUGGUGGUGUCAUGUGACCAGCAUCACAACCAAUCGGCUUAACUUUUCCCCAACUAUUCUCGGGUACCCUUUGAGCUGGGCAGACUCAGAGACGCCCUGAAGAUCCCAGAAUUUAAAAUCCCAGUCAUCCCUAGGAUUUAAACCCAAGACCUCAGAUUCAGAAGCCUAGCGCUUUACCACUCAGUCACAGCGUCUCUGAAUAUUAUUAUACUGAAAUAAAUAGUGUGUGAUCUUUGCAUUUGUGGAUAUUAAAAAAAGGGAGGAAAUAGGAAACAAAUUUCAGCAACUUCUGUCUAUUAAGUCUAGAACCAAAUGGUACUAAAACAUGUUUGUUACUCUCUGAAACAGUAUCAGUGCUACACAAUGACUAGGGAACAUGAACAAAAUAUCGAGAAGUUUGUGUAGCCACUCAAUGAACUUGUCUGUGUUUUGUGUCUCUUUAGUGGAAUGUUUUUGUUUUGAAUUGAAAUAAAGUCCUUGUUAUUACAAGAAAAUUCCAUUAAGGAUCAAUAAAGCAAUUUUCAUCAUAGUCUACUGAAGAAAUAAUGGGAAUGGAAAAUGAUUGAGAUACUUUCAUAUUGCAGCAGAAAUGUUUAGUGGUAAGGUCAUGGUCACCAUGAAACAAUUAUUUUGGAGAUGAACUUGACAUAGAGUACAAAGAUAGUUGUAUGUAUACCUCAUUCAAAAACAUAGUUGUCACCCCUUUUUUUUUUUGAGAGAUGAUUGUUUGUGAAGAUAACCUUUAUUAUUUUUUGUACAAAUAAUUUAAAGGAAGUAUCACAGCAGUUUUUUAAUUUUUUGCUUGCCUAUUGUAAGAAAGGGAUAUUAAUUAUAUUUUUCAAAUAAUUGGACAAAGCAAAAACAAGGCCAUAUACCAGCAUUGUAUUUUCUUAGAAGACCUAAAAUCUAUGGAUUUCAGAAAGGAAGAGUCUUUAGAAGCUGCAUAUGACCAAUAUGUGCAUAGAAACCUUAAAGCCCUAUAAGCCAAAGGGUGUGGGAUGGUCUAAGUCUAAUGUGUACGUAAUAAGUGGACAUGCCUAGUUGUUUCUCUUUUAUUUUGCUUUUAAAUUUGUUUUCUUUUAAAGACAUUAUUAGUGAACCAAUGUUUUAAUUAGUUUUGUUAAUGCUCUGUUAAAACCUUUCUCAUGUUGAUGUAUUUAUUCAUUGAGUAAUUAUAUUUAGGUACAAAAUUGUUGAUCUCUGUUGUAACACAUAAUUCUAUUUGUAUAUAAAUAGUUUAAUUUAAUGUGAAUUUUGAAAUGCCUAAAACCUGAUCAUUGAAUUGAUGCAUGAUUCAAUUUGCUAUGUGACUAACGCUCAGGCUCAAGUUACAAAACUUAACUGACAAACAAAGAAACAAUUUCAUCUUUAAACUCAAGAGUGAGGGCUUGACAAGCUGAAAUUCUAUCUUUAUAUGACCUGGUUGUUUGUAAUGCUCGUUUUCAUACAAAUGAAAUGCAUGUGGAAUCCCAGAAUCUGUUGAGACAGAAAUCAGCAAGUCUGGAAUGGUAGAAAAUAAUAUGAAAAACAAUUAGCUUUUCCUUCUAAUAUGUAUGGAUGGAUCUUGAUACAUCAGAUGUCUACCUGGUCCUUUUGCACUCUGUACUGACUCAAUGGUUUGAACCCCAUCCAGCAAGAGGUUUGGGCAAUUAUGUAAGAUCUUCGUCAGGGUUUUGCUGUCAUCAUCAAAGUAUGAGACCUGAAUUUGUCAAAAUGUAAAAAUACUUUCAUCACAGAAGUGAACUGUUAGCAAGAAUACUCAGAAAAAUAUUGUGGUUUAAAUGAUAAGAUUUGUAAUGUAAGCUGCUAAGUUAGUCUGAUGUGCACCUUAGACAUGGCCAUUCUUGUAUGGGAAUCCUUGAAUGGCAGAAACUGAAAAAUAAAGCUAAGUCAUGGAAUUAGGAGGCUUUUGGUUUAUCAGGCUUGUAUAGAAAAUCUAAGACUAAGACAAGACUAAGACUAAGACUAAGACUGCGACUGCUUUAUUGAUCCUUACGGAAAUUUGUUGUGAUUACAAGGACUCGUUUCUCAUAUAAAGACAACACAACAGAAACAUACACAUAAAUACAACAGACAACAUGAAGAGUUCAUUCAGCGACAGCGACACACAGGUAUCUUGGUGCAUUUCAUGUUCCCUGAUCAAUGAUCCUAUGGAGAAUGUGAUUCUAAGGGCUCAGUGGAUUUGUUUCCACUGAGCCCUUAGAAUCACAUUCUCCAUAAGGAUCAAUAAAGCAGUUUUAGUCUUAAAACUAUGAAUAUUUAGUAUUUUGUAAGUUUGGUUCAUUGUUUUGUGACCAACUCACUAUUUUCCUUUUUAAUAUUCCUCUGAAGUGUUAUCAAAUUCAGACAUAUACUACUGGUGCUGUUCCUGUUUGCUGCGGGUAUUUAUUUUUAUAGCCUUUUGAAUUUUUUUUGUUGAAGAAUCUCUUGUUUUAGCAAUCUAGGUUAUUGCAUUAUAGGAUUAUAGUUUUUAAUUAUCAAGUGAAAAUAAAUCUGAAGAUGUUUACAUACUUUAAGUUUAUUUUUGUUGAGAUAAUAAAUCAAGCGGUUCAGUGUUCUUGUACGCUAGAACUUGUUCUCAAAUGGUUUUAUUCAGGAAUAGAAAUUCUGAACACUUUAAUCCAUAUAUCCAAUAACUUUCUAAAUCACAAGAAUUACAAUGAAUAAAUUUAAGUCAGCCUAAUUAGGUUUUAGUCAAAUUACAUUUCUGAUAUUUGUGAUUGAACUAGUAAAUUCUAGGUUUUAACGAGCUAACCCUUUUUUAAUGCAAUGUUUUUAGUAGACUGUUUUAGAAAUGGCAAUUACAUUUCUCUGCUAGCAGCACUGAGUUCAUCCCUAAGCAUGACACCAUUUUUUUUUACUUGUAUUCUUUUUGUAGUUGGCCAUUUCCUUUUUUUAUUUUGUUCAUACCUUGCUGUGUGACAUAAAUGCUUUUGUAAAAGUUGAAUAUUUUUAUAUCAUUUGUACAAAGAUUCAAUGACAGCUUUUUACAUACUUUUAGUACACUGUAGAGUAAAGCCUUAAGAAAAACAGCAUGGACUCUUUAUUCAUUGUUAUAUAAUUGAUUUAUCAACAUUACAACAUACCUAAAUUUCCCAAGGCGAUGAUGAUUCUAUUUUCUUAUCUUAUAUAAUACAGACGUUACUUCAAAAAAGAAGAUGGUAUUUUACAACACUAGGGUUAUCUACAGUGAAGUUUUUAACAGGUUAUAAAGUAUUUUACUUUUCUACAAUUAAACCUGGUUUAGAUUUGUCUUGUAAAACUUAGAAGCACUCACUUUUUUUUUAUAUUUUGUGUCAUAAACUUUAUGAUUGUUUACACAUUUAUUAAAUUAAAGCAUUCUCUUUGAGCCAUACAAGUAGUUAUUUUUCUUCAAAAUGACUGCUUAAAAUAAAUGCUCACAAAACUGGAAGACAAAAAUGUUUUGUUUUUUUCUAAUAUUUUAAUGAGAUUAUAUAGAGGUAAUUCAUGCACAGUUUUAGCUAGAUUAUACAAACGGCUAGCAUGUAUGUAAAUAGGCCAUUGAUCAAGAAGCAGCUGUUCCAAUUCUCUCAAUGAGAUACACCCUUGUGGUCCACAGAGCAGGGGAAGUUACAUCUUCUCAUUGGUGAAAGUCAGAAGCUUCUUUUUAACAAUGGACCUCAUUCACCAAUCGUAAACAAACAAUAUUUAGCCACGUGGUGCUCUUCUAUAUAAUUUAUGAUCUCAUGUUUAAUUCAUGAUGGUUGUCACGUGACAGUUUUUUCAUUGUUUUAUCAAUAGAUCACGUGACUAAAUAUUGUUUGUUUACGAUUGGUGAAUGAGGUCCAAUAAUGAUAUCUCAAAGCACCUAUAAGAACUGUAUACAUGUAACACAUUGUCAAUUCUUAAUAGCACUAAUGUUAAUCAUGCUUAGAAAUAAUGCUAUAUGAUUACACUAUAUAGUGGCUAAUGCUUGGAUUACAUCAUACAAAGAAAGCUAAACGUCUAAACAACAUUACAAUGUAAUAAAAGAUACUGGUAUUUAAAGUGCAUAGAGAUAAGAAACAGUGGAAUACAGUUUGAGAAUCUUUCUUUUGGUUAUAAUCAUAAUACAAAAUAGAGAAGUAAAUAUGUCAUAAUAUGCCUAGCAUGAAUGUACCAGUAUAAUAUUAAAUAUUGUACAAAAUAAACUAGUACUAAACCAAUAUAGAACUCAGCAGUCAUUUUGUAAAAUUUAAACAAAAGAAUUUAUAUAUCCUAAAUAUCUUUGUUUAUAAUUCAGAACCAAAUGAAAAAAUGAGAAAGCCUUUAAUAAGUUGUUAAUUUUUGUAAUAUCAACUUAUAGACUUCAGUAUUUACUAUGUUGUAGGUCACAAAUAGCAAUGGAAGUUUCUUAUUGCCAUCUUAUACAUUUUUUGUAUAAUAUACUAACAUGGAAAUAUUUUAAGGGGUUCAUAAUACUGCAGUUACAAAAACAUUAAGAAAUGCUUGCAAUGUUUGCCUAUUGAAUAUUUUACUCAUAAAACUAUAAUGUUGACUUG